UUCCUCAUUGCUUGCAUCGAGCAUCUAAACUGUUCACUCAACCAGUGCCAGUUCUCCCCUCCUCCAUCUGACGAUUGCUUUUGGAAUUCUGGGGGCUAUUCAAUAAGAUAACUAUUCGUAGUACAUUUUCUUUACUGCAAUGCUCUUGUCUCCCUGAAAAUAUUGGAAAACCAGUUUGGAAAUUUGCUUUUCUGCUUGAAGAUUAUGGCUAACAUAUUAGCAUGUGUGGUGACGGUAUUAAAUAGGAUGAAGCUCUCCACUCCUAUUCACAAGGACAACAGUCUACUAGUACCAAAUUCUGGUUAUGCAGUUGAACACAUACGAGCACGAUCAAGCACAACAGUGUUGAUUGUUGGUGUGUCUCGUGUGAAGAAGGUCUCUUCCUUGGUUACCUGUGUUAGUUCGUGCUUGGUGCCUUAUCAUUGUAGAAGUUUUCCGGCCAGCAUUAGUAUUGCGGAGACAUUUCACGUUGUGGAUUCUUGUCAAAAAAACUGUUCUAGUUUAUUAAAGGACCAACCUUUAACUGAAGAUACUCGACAGGAUAAUCUUUCCAAUCUGGCAAAGAAUUCUAACUCUGAGAAUGAAAGGGAAAUGCAAAGAAGAAAAAGGAUUGGACUAGCAAAUAAAGGAAAAGUCCCAUGGAACAAAGGCAGAAAACACAGUGAAGAGACACGGGAGAUAAUCAGCCGAAGGACAAAAGAAGCCUUGAGAGAUCCCAAGGUAAGAGCGAAAAUGUCUGAAUGCCCUCGCUCGCUUAGUAAUCAGACUAAGACAAGAAUAAGCAGGUCACUGCAGAAGCUGUGGGGACAACGUUUGAAAUGGAAAAGGUCAGAGGAAAAACUUUUGCAGUUAUGGGCUGAAAGCAUUGCUAGAGUUGCUAAGACAGGGGGUAGUGACCAACAAGAACUAGAUUGGGAUAGCUACGAGAAGAUGAAAAGAGCAAUAGCUCUCCAACAUCUUGAGCGUGCAGCACAAAUGGCAAAGGAAAAGGAAAUGGCACAUGUACUAGCAGAAAGAGCAGCAAAGGAAAGAGAUGAAAGAAAGAAAAUACUUGCUCAAAGGAAAAGGGAACUAGCGCAGAAGGCAAAAGUUAGAAAAAGGAAAAGGUCAAAGGAAGAGAGAGAAGAAUUUGCUGCCAAUCAAGAAUCUAAAUUGAAGGCAAAACUGACGAAGAUCCACAAACUGAAACCUGCUAUCAGUCAUUUCAGCAGUCAUCACCAACGAACCUGGAAGAACGUGGAUGUAGGAAAGUUGGAUGCAUUGUUCACAAGAACAGAACAACACCAAGUCUCUCUAGCGGAUCAAAUCCGUCUAGCCAAGAUCAAAAGAGCUGAAUCUGCAACUCAAGACAACUCCGAAAUUAAUUCCUGGUUACAGACCAAAGCAGAGGGUUGGUAGAAUAAACUAAGAUCCUAAUCAGUCAAUGAGAAUGGAGCACUUUACGCAUUAUAAAUAUGAUCUUUAGCUCAAUAUAUGAAUGUUGUCAUUCUCCAAUAAGUGAACAUGAAAAUGAAAUAGAUUACUGUAAUCUUUUAGAAUUCUGCUUUGUAACCGACAAUUCUCAUUCUGAAUUAGGGGUUAGAGUGCGUUAUA